UUGCAGGGCUCUCCGCUGUUUGAGCUUCUGAAUCAGGAGCAUGCGAGUGCAGCAGCGGAGCCGGUGGAGACUCCAGCCAGUUUCAGCCAGCCGCUGCAGCACAGCCACACCGCCGCUGACCUAUAUCUCACACCAACACGCCCAGGCUCGCGGGUCUUGUUUCCUGAUUCCCCGGCCACGCCGCCCCGGCAGCCCGCUGCUUCUCAGUCCACCUCCCAGGCGCCCUGCCAAGCUCCGAGGCAGCCAAAGUCGAACUCCCUCAGUCUGUUCUAUAAAAAAUUGUACCGCCUGGCCUAUACAAGGCUAAAGACUCUCUGCUCAUAUCUGCUGUCSUCUCACCCUGAGCUGGAGCCCAUAAUAUGGACCCUGUUUCAGUACACCCUGCAGCACGAGUAUGAGCUGAUGAGAGAUCGCCACCUGGACCAGCUGAUGAUGUCGGCCAUGUACGCCAUAUGCAAAGUGAAGAGUGUCGACCUGCGCUUCAAGUCCAUCGUCUCGGCCUACAAGAACAUGACUAACACCAACCAGGAGACCUUCAAGAACGUGCUGAUUGCCGAGGGCCACUACGACUCCAUCAUUGUCUUCUACAACCAAGUGUUCAUGCAGAAGUUGAAAACAAAUAUCCUGCAACACGCGUCCACCAGGCCACCUCCCCUUUCUCCAAUACCUCAAAUUCCUCGCAGCCCAUACAAGUUACCCAACUCUCCUCUGCGUGUGCCUGGGAGCAACAACGUCUACAUCUCCCCUCUGAGAAACUCCCGCAUGUCCCCGGGUAUCAUGACUCCUCGCUCCAGAAUGUUGGUGUCCAUCGGUGAAUCAUUUGGACUGGSCAACCGCUUCCAGAGGAUCAACCAGAUGGUCAACAGCAGCGAACGCUCCCACAAGAGAGCGAUGGACCAAAGCGCCGCCAGCAAACCUCUGAAGAAGCUGCGCUUUGACGUGGACGGGCAGGACGAAGCAGACGGCAGCAAACCUGGAGGGGAUUCGACCCUGAUACAGAAACUYACCGAGAUGAGCUCCACUUGGAGUCGCAUGCAUGAGCAGAAGAUGAAGGAGGAGCCCGAAACGAGGGACGAGCCACAGUAAAGCCUSCCAGGCCCACCUGCACUGUUUGUCACUAACACUUCUGUUAGUUCACACAUUAAGUGGAACAUGCAGUUUCUCUGUACAUUUAAUAAUGUGUUUUAGUUUUUAUUUAACUUUGAGGAUGCAGAAGCCUUUCUUUGCUCUUUGUGUUUAGGUUUUAAGUAAUUUUUAUUACAGGUUUUUUAUUGUUGCUCUUUUGGACUUUGAUAUUUCCAAAGAAAAWUUUUUUGGUUUUAGGAGUGUUGUUAGUUAUUUGCUGUUGAGGAAAUCAUUGUUUCCCCUCAUGGAUCUUCAGUAUAUCAACACAACAUGAUGCUUUUUUUUUAUAUAGCAAAAGCCUUAAUUAUGAUUCAACAUUUCUAGUGUUAAAUCAUGGCUAUUCUCUACACAGUAGGAGUAAAUGUUUUGGCUGUGCUUUUUUUUUUUUUUUUUGCCAAUCAAAACCUAACAUGAGAAAACUGGACCCAGCAGGGGGRAUUUCACAUGGCCAAUAUGGCUCACUGACCGGGGUGGUUUUCUGUCACGGGGUAGCACAAACACAGAAAUAAAAAAAGGAUAUAAAGUUUUGCACCAAACAAGUUUCUACAUUCAGA